GCAAUUAUUGGCUCCAAAUUUGAUGCAGAAGCAUUAUCUACAGAAUGGCGCCGAACAGGUUUCCAAACAGGAGAUAGAGCACUGUUAUUACCACGGGACGGUGAAAGAUUACCCUGGUGCAUCAGCUGCCUUCCACACAUGCAACGGGGUGUCAGGAGUCAUCCACGUUGGCAACGAGACUUUCGUUAUACAUCCCUUCUUUGGAGGAGAUCUUUCG